GAACUCUGCAGGCUCUUUUAGGUACUUCUUAGUUAACUGUGAACCAGAGCUCUCAUAAGAGAGCUCUGGAAGAGGAAAACAAAAAAACAAAAACAACACCUGAAAUCGCAUGUACUGUAAAACCCACUGAUGCUGAGUGGGUGGAAAGUAUCACAAAAUGAGCCAGUGUUCAAUAGUUCAAAGAACAGAAACAAAAAGAAAUGUAUGCAAAUGAGCAGCAUCUAAUUUUAUUUUUUUUAAUUUGCUUUAAGUGAGGAGGACAUGAUGUCGUAAGAGUGACACUGCCACUCACCCUCGUAUCAAUGCAUUAAAUACCUCUACCUCAGGGAUUGGGAAAGGGACUCACCCUGUGCUGUGUGCUGAUGCACCCCACUGGCUGCUGACUUUAAAUUCUAGCUGCUGAAAUGAUGUCUGCCAUCUUGCCCAGCCCUCACAACCUGAGUCUACAGACCCUAAAUACUCAAUACAUUCUGAAGUGGGAAUGGGAACAGCAGACUCCAGCCAAUCAGAGCGUCACCUUCACUGCCCAGUAUCUACCGAGGGAUAUACAGGACUGGACCCUGGUGUGCAACGCCACAUUGGACAUGCAGUGUGAUUUCUCCCACUCCCAGAUGCACUACCAAGGGAUCUAUGUGCUCCAGGUCAGGGCUGACAGCGCAGGGGAGAGCUCAGAGUGGGUCCAGACUUCUGAGUUCUGCCCUGAACGGGAUGGAGACCUGGGCCCACCCUCUAAAGUGGAGGUGGUCCCUGGCAACGGAUUGCUAAGGGUAUGGAUUUCUGACCCCUUAACCAGUAACAACAAGUCCAUGAGAGAGACGCUGUUGCCCAGCCUAUAUUUCUUUAUCCAGUACUGGAAGCAGACCAAGAAUGGGGUGGACGGUAGCAGAGUUUUAAGAACAAGUAACAAUGAGGUGACGCUGUUGAACCUGCAGAGCUGGACCACUUACUGCGUGAGAGUGCGCUCUCAUUUUGACCACUACAAUAAGACCAGCCAUUUCAGCCCUGCUCUUUGCAUGAAAACCACAGGGCAGGUACCCGCCUGGCUGGUCAUCCUGGCACUGUGCCUUGUGUUGGCAGCACUGUUCUUUGGCCUCUACAGAUCACUGCCCCUGAUCAAAUCCACCUUCUUCCCCUCCGCCCAGCUUCCAGUCAGCAUGUACCCGUGCGACUCCUCUGGGCCAGACUGGGCUCACCUCCUGGCUGCAGAGACGCCGGUGGAGGUGUUCUGUGAGAAGCUGGAAGUGUGCCCCAAGGAGAUGCCACCCGAAAUGCAGGCCCUGCCUGACCCCCCCAGGCACAGCCACCAGGGCAGCCACGACUCAGGGGUAUACUCCUCAUCCGAGGGGUCAGGCCAGCAGGGCGGGGCAUCUGAGCAGACUGACAUGGCAUCGGGACAGAUGGGCGUGGCCACAGGGCAGGUGAACCUAGCAGCGCGGGGCCUGGACUCUGGGAUCGGGAGAAUCGGCAGUGCCCCCGGUGGUGACAGUUGGACGGACUCUCAUAAGAGAGCUCUGGAAAAGGAAAACAAAAACAACACCUGAAAUCGCAUGUACUGUAAAACGCACUGAUGCUGAGUGGGUGGAAAGUAUCACAAAAUGAGCCAGUGUUCAAUAGUUCAAAGAACAGAAACAAAAAGAAAUGUAUGCAAAUGAGCAGCAUCUAAUUUUAUUUUUUUUAAUUUGCUUUUAGUGAGGAGGACAUGAUGUCAUAAGUGUGACACUGCCACUCACCCUCGUAUCAAUGCAUUAAAUCCCUCUACCUCAGGGAUUGGGAAAGGGUCUUCCUGUCACAUGACCUGUAUGGGUAAAUAUUAUGGCCCUGACUGAAAGCAGCAUGAAAUGUGUCAUUGUUAAUUUGCAGUUAGACGAUUGAGUUAUGGUAUAAUAUGCCAAACUACUACAGCCAGUAGUAGUACAGUUUGAUGGUGUUGGAGAGAGGCCUUUAAAAUGAAGGCAUAUGUGCCUUCUUGCAAAGCUGUGGGGGUUUCCGUGGAGACGAGAAGGCCGAAAAGGUCCUAGCUCAGGGGUGGGGCGCGGGAUCCCUGUUCUACCUGCUAAAAGCUACAGAGGGAAGGACAUGCUGAAUGUGCUUUCAGUGGGACCCUCCCAGCAGCCGUCCCACAGGCCUCGUGGUUCCAGCAGCCCCGUGAGGGGCGUGGCCAGCCCUGGUCCCAGAGGACUGCAGGGUCUGGCUCCUGCUUGUUAUUACCGCCCAGGAACGCAGGCGAGGUGAGAAUCGUGAGGUCAGCUCCAUCAGCGAUGGAGUCCGAGUGUCCAGGUGCUGACUGAAAGCCAGAGUGCUGUGGCUCUCCAGAACCCGGUUUGGGGAUCCCGGCUCAAAUCCAGGGGCAGCCCUGGUCCAGAGAAGCGAUUCUGACCUCGCAGGAAUAGGUGCGCGGUGUUUUCCCACCCAUCAGAGCAGCUGGUGUGUUGUCUGCCAGUUGAUUCUAGCAGAAACGCUCGCAGUCCUGAUUCUGCUUUUGUUAGCGAGCCGACACCUGCUGUGCUGCUGCAGGUGUGUGCUCGUUAAUGGAAGGAAAUCUUGAGCCUUAAAGAAGUGAAUCUUUUGUUUUUAACCCACUUCUUAUUAUAACCCUCCCACUUCCCCUUUUUAAAACGUCUUCCCCCGGUGGGAUGUGAAUGUGUGUCUGAUUUACCAGUUCAACGGCUGAAGUUAAAACCCUCCACUGUCCACAACAUGCGUUUGACCUUUGAAUUGCAGGGUUUUCCUCAAACUGUCUGACAGUGAUGCUGCACCACCUUGUGAACUUGUGGCACCACCUUGUAAAGUUUCCUUUUAGCCCAACUGAUAACAUCAGUUAUGGUAUUAUCUGAUAUCAUGACAAGACACCUCAAUGCCAUGCUGUCAUAACCCUAACCCUGAACUCGGUAGCACAGGGAAGCGUGUGUAGGCUGAAC